AUGCUCCUCUCCAUGUCGAACCAGGACCCGAUAGAUCCGAACAGAACGUCUCCGGCAUCGGCACUGCAAAAAGCGUUCAUAACUCCAGAUUCAUUUAUCCCAUCUGCAAAUAGCUCGACGUUAGUACCGGUAGCAAUUCGAACCAUCGCGUAG